AUGGCCUGGCUGAAAGUUCGCGCGCUCAUCAACUCCGAAUUUAAAAAGCACAAGGCGCGCGUCAUUGAAGCCCUGCGAAAGAGCCCCGGCUUAAUACACGUCAGCUUUGACGGAUGGAGGGCGCGGAAUCGACACUCGUUAUACGGUAUCGUGUGCUUCUUCAGGGACGAGAAUAGCAAGCCCCACAAGGUCGCUCUGGGGGUCCCCGAAGUCCGCAGACAUUCGGGGAACAACAUUGCAACAGAAGUCCUUUAUACCAUCGAGGCUUUUGGCAUCGAGGAGAAUAUUGGGUAUUUUACCCUUGACAAUGCCGAGAACAACGACACAGCACUUGAGGCUAUUGGCAAAAAGCUCGGCUUCAAUGGCGCUCGAAGGCGAGGCCGCUGCUUCGGCCAUAUAGUCAAUCUGUCUGCGAAGGCACUACUGUUCGGGAAGGAUACAGACGCGUUCGAAGAACAACUUUCUGGUGCAGAAGCGCUGUCUGAAGCCGAAUACGAACUUUGGCGACAGAAAGGGCCGGUUGGGAAGCUCCAUAAUUUCGUCGUGGAUGUUGAUCGAUCGGACAGACUGACAUACCUGUUGAAAGAACUUCAAGAGUACGACAUAUCCAUGUCGGACGAUCCGAAAAUACGGUCAAAAAGCCCCGUCUCGGUAGUGCUAGAUAACGAUACGCGCUGGCUUUCCCAGCUCUAUAUGAUCCGCCGCGCCUUGAGACUUCGAAGGUACUUCGAACUGCUAGUCGCGAAGUUCCGAAUCCAAUGGGAGGAGGAGAAUACAUCAAAAAGAACUGGCCAGUUGAAAAAGUCGGCUGUCCGGCCUCGAAUCCUUAGAGACGAGAACCAACUUACGGCCAACGAUUGGUCUGUACUUCAACACUUCGCGACGAUCCUUGGAUACUAUGAAGAUGCAGUCAAGACUCUAGAAGGCGACGGUUUAAUCAGGAAACGCAAGAGGGGUUAUACUGGUUCAUAUGGAAACGUUUGGGAUGUGAUCAAUGGGUUUGAAUUCCUGCUUGGCAAGCUCGAAAAAUAUAAGGCGAUGGCAAAAGAUUUUCCUGACCCCGAACAGUUCAGGAUCGGCAUAAAUAUGGCCUGGGAGAAAUUAGACAAGUAUUACACUAUUCUCGACACAACACCGAUAUAUUAUACCGCCCUCGCACUCCACCCGGCAUACAGAUGGGGAUGGUUCGAGCAGGCCUGGGUACAUAAGCCCGACUGGAUCAGAUCUGCAAAAAGGAUAGUUCAAGAAGUGUGGGACGAGUCCUAUCGAGAUUUCCAUAUUGUGGUGGCCUCAAAUGACGAGCCUGUUGCAAAACGACAGAAGCAAUACUACAAUGCCUUCGAAGAGCAUUGCGAACAGUCCCGUAUCGACUCCAUACAGACAGAGCCUCUACUGGACGACGACACGAUUGGCGACGAAUACGAACGAUGGCAAUCGAGCCAUGAGAGCACUGACAAGACUGUGCGAGAUCCGAUAGCGUAUUGGCAUGAGAAGCGCCUGCAAUACCCUCGUCUCUCCCGAAUGGCCCUCGACUUUGUCACAAUACAAUCAAUGUCUGCAGAAUGUGAGAGGAUGUUCUCGGCAGCAGGGCAGAUGGUUGUUCCCCAACGGUGCAAUCUUCAGGCGCAAACAGUUGGGAUGUGUCAGGUAUUGAGGUCGUGGUUUCGGGCAGGCAUUAUCAACGACCUAGAUCCGUUAUUUCUCUCGAUCAUAGAGGAGAAGAAAGAGCUCGAGGGCAUCCAUCUUAAUGAUGAUGAGUUCAGAAGACGGGAGCUAUCGUGGCUCGCUGCCGCGGCGAAAACAGCUGGCCAUUGA